GGGCAGUGGCAAGGGGAUGUGGAUUCGUGGACGGCGCCAAGGAGUUACAUAAGAUGGGCCAGGAUGGAUGGGGACACCGGGUGGGACCGCCCCAGACACGUGAGGGGGAAGCCGUGCACGCCCGCCCGCCCGGGGAAGGGCAGGGGCCUGUCUGGAACCAUCGCCUGGCGGGUUGAUAAGAGUCUCUGUGGGAUUUAGGGGAGGAAGUCUCCGUUCUGGCCCGGAUCUAGCUCGGGGUCCAGCAGGGGUCACACUCUCGGGCUCAGGGAGGGAGGUGGCCGCGAAUCUCAGCCCAGGCUCCAGGCCAGGGCGGCCCCGCCCCAGGGCAGGCCCAGCCCUGGACAUUUCAUAAGGCAGGCUGGCCACACAGCAGGACGCCAGGAGGAAGGACAGCUUGGCAGAGCCUCAGAGCCAGGGGCCUGUGGGGUCAGCUUGGCCCCAGUCACACCCAGUGGGCCGGGGAGGGCUCCAGCCAGGCUCUCAGCACAGAGGCCCGUUGGGCCGCCAUCCUGUUGGCUGCAGUAGGCUCUGCCCUCGGGCCAUGGGGUUUCUAGAAAGCUGAACCCAUUGUGACAGCAGCCAUUGCACAAUAGCGGCAGCCAUGGAGGCACUGACAACGGCCCUGGGCUCAGACUGGGCUCGCUCUUGAUAAACACCGCGCCAGCUGGAUGGACCCCUUCGAGGACACGCUGCAGCGGCUGCGGGAGGCCUUCAGCUCGGGGCGGACGCGGCCGGCGGAGUUCCGGGCUGCGCAGCUCAAGGGCCUGGGCCGCUUCCUGCAGGACAACAAGCAGCUGCUGCAGGAGGCGCUGGCGCAGGACCUGCGCAAGUCAGCCUUUGAGUCGGAGGUGUCUGAGAUCAGCAUCAGCCAGGGCGAGAUUAACUUGGCCCUCAGGAACCUGCGGGCCUGGAUGAAGGAUGAGACCGUGCCCAAGAACCUGGCCACCCAGCUGGACUCCGCCUUCAUCCGGAAGGAGCCCUUCGGCCUGGUGCUCAUCAUCGCCCCCUGGAACUACCCCCUGAACCUGACCCUGGUGCCCCUGGUGGGCGCCCUCGCUGCAGGGAACUGCGUGGUGCUGAAGCCCUCGGAGAUCAGCAAGAACACCGAGAGGGUCCUGGUCGAGGUGCUGCCCCGAUACCUGGACCGGAGCUGCUUUGCCGUGGUGCUGGGCGGGCCCGAGGAGACAGGGCAGCUGCUGGAGCACAAGUUCGACUACAUCUUCUUCACGGGGAGCCCUCGAGUGGGCAAGAUUGUCAUGGCCGCAGCCGCCAAGCACCUGACGCCCGUCACACUGGAGCUGGGGGGCAAGAACCCCUGCUACGUGGACGACAACUGCGACGCCCAGACCGUGGCCAACCGAGUGGCCUUGUUUCGCUACUUCAACGCUGGCCAGACCUGCGUGGCCCCCGACUACGUCCUGUGCAGCCCCGAAAUGCAGGAGCGGCUGGUGCCCGCCCUGCAGAGCGCCAUCACCCGCUUCUAUGGCGAGGACCCCAGGGCCUCCCCAGACCUGGGCCGCAUCAUCAGUGAGAAGCAUUUCCAGCGGCUCCGGGGCCUGCUGGGCUGUGGCCGCGUGGCCAUCGGGGGCCAGAGUGAGGAGAGCGACCGCUACAUCGCCCCCACGGUGCUGGUGGACGUGCAGGAGACGGAGCCGGUGAUGCAGGAGGAGAUCUUCGGGCCCAUCCUGCCCAUCGUGACCGUGAGGAGCCUGGACGAGGCCAUCGACUUCAUCAACCGCCGGGAGAAGCCCCUGGCCCUGUACACCUUCUCCAACAGCAGCCAGGUGGUCAAGCAGGUGCUGGCCCGCACCAGCAGCGGGGGCUUCUGUGGAAACGACGGCUUCAUGCACCUGAUCCUCUCCAGCCUGCCUUUCGGAGGAGUGGGGGCCAGCGGCAUGGGCAGCUACCACGGCAAGUUCUCCUUCGACACCUUCUCCCACCACCGCGCCUGCCUGCUGCGCAGCCCUGGGAUGGAGAAGAUUUACUCCGUCCGCUACCCACCCUACUCGCCGCGCAACCUGAGGAUGCUGCUGGUGGCCAUGGAGGCCCGGAGCUGCAGCUGCACCCUGCUCUGAGCCCACCGCGGGCACCGGGGUUCCAAGCCCCUCCUGGCAAUGUCCGGGUCCUCCUGUCACUGUGGGUGGAGAUGUGGCCUCGGGUCCAGGGCACAAGGAUGAAAAGACCUGCCAGGGCCCCAGCCCAGCCCGGGGCUCGCCCUCCUCCUCGGCCUCCCAUCUUCUGGCCCUCAGCCUCCUCCUCGGCUGCCCCCAAACUAGGAUGUCCACCUGCGUCCGGGAGAGGGCAGGCAUGGGCACCUGUGAGCCACACCCUUCCCGUGGAGGGUGCAGCAGGAGGGGCGCCCUCGGGGAUCUGUUGCUGAAGACGCUCGGACGUCUCUGUCCCGAGCGGCUCCCCCUCUGUACAGUGGAGAGGACUAAUGAUCAGCAUCUCAGAUGCUGUGAGAUUACAUCUGGGAGCUUAAUAAACACGAGCUGCUGACCCC